AUGUCACAAUCCCCACAAUGCGACUUGUCGACUCUGAAUCUAAGCGCCUUGGAAUUGUCAAAGCUUGCCAACUUCGACGCUGCUCUUCACGAUGCCAACAUUAUGCAACAGACCUCACCCUCUUCAGCACUUGGAUAUAUACACGCAGCCGCUAUUUACAGUGAACAAGGAAAACAGCAUGAUGCCAUCGAUGUCUGCACCAAGGGACUCAGCCUUGUGGGUACCAACGACACGUACUAUGCUACAUUGCAACAAGUCAAACAUGUUGCCAUGCAACGGCAGAAUACCCGUAUUGACUUUGUCAGCCAACUUCCUGUUGAGAUUGUUGUUACAAGGCUCAUUCCUCUUUUUAUGGAUUAUGAUCUUCUGGAUUCGAGUACUCCGUAUGCUUACAUGCAUGUGUCCAAAGUAUGGCGUGAUCGUAUUCAUGAAUGCUUCGGUGGGUUACGUUUUAUGGUGGAUUUCGAUGAGGAUCACAAUGAGGGAAGGUGUUCACAAGCGAUCCAGUUUGCUCAGCAUACAAAGGGAUUGAUUAUUGCAUGGUAUUCGCAAGGAACAUGGUUAAGCGAUCUACUUUGUGGAAACGGCUUUUGCAUGUUACGGGACCUACACAUUAAUGGCUACGCAAAUACCCAUGAUACAGGCUUUCUGUCAGCAUUAACGUCAAUCAGCAACACCUUGACGCAUCUCUAUAUCAGCCUCAGCCUUGAAGAUGACAUCCUACCAGCAGCUGAUAUUGUGUCUGCUUGUCCCAAUCUCGAGACCUUGGGCAUAGUCAAUCCAUUCGAUGCUGAUAUGAGUUCUCUCCCUAUGACAACAUGGCCCAACAUGAAGAUAUUAUCAAUCACCCAAGCAAGGAAAAGGAUCAGCAGCGAUCAGGUGGUCGAGAUUGCGAAACGGUUUCCAUCACUCAAAAGACUUACUUUGUUGCCAUGCGAUGAUACCCGAUCUGCAUUGGUCUUGCCACAGUAUUGUUCGUCGAUCACAAGGCUUCAACUUCGGAUGAAUGAUAAAAGUGUCCAGCUCAUCUAUUCGGAUGAAGGAUAUCCAUGCGAUGAGCAAGGAAUUACCUCUCUCGCUAUCCACGGCUUUUUAUGGACUCGAUACAGUGAUCACGACAUCAUUCCUUUAUUGCAGCAUUACCAGAGAAGAUUGAUCCACCUUGAUUGGGAUAUCGUUCUUGACAUCACCGAUGAGACCAUUUACCGUAUUCAGUACCCCCAACUUAAAAAGCUCGUUGUCACCCGGUGCGGAGGGUGCAUACCAGGCAAUGCACCUGCACUUGAGGAAUUUGAUAUCACAUCCGCCACAAUCAUCACAAACGCCCAUGUAUUUGACACGAUACCACCACACCUGCAGAUACUCACGCUACGAUUUAAUGAGACGUUGCUAAGUUCCCGAAUGUUGCAAGUUGAAAGCUAUCUCCAUCGCCUCGUUCAAGAAAAACAGCUAAAGGAGCUCGUAGUUCGCUUCAACAGCAUUGACAGAAUGGAUUGCAUUGGGAAGGUGCUUGAUGCCAUUUGCCAUAUGAACACGCUUACACGUCUGCAAGUUGGUUUUACAAAUGUUUGGGAUGGCUACGAAAUGGAUCGAUUCCUUACCCAGCUUGUCAACGGAUGUCCUCACUUGUCAUGCCUUGAGAUCAAUUGCAUCAAUGCACCAUCAACCCGAUCACUGAACAUCCUGAAACGGCUUGCAUUCCUAAAGCAAAUCACAUUUUCAAUCAAUGGCAUCGAUGACGAUGGAACGUUCUGGAAUGCGAUUCAAACAUUUUCACAGCUCAAAUGCAUUACUAUUUAUCCUCCUGAUUCAGUGAACAACAACAACAUUCGACGUCUCAAGAAGCAAAGGACGGAUAUGAAGAUCUUUGUCAAAACAAUGUAUGAGUUACUAUGA